AUGACCCCUGUCCAAUUCGCAUUCUCCUCAGCAUUUCUCCUAGGACUCACUGGCUUAACCUUCCACCGAACCCACCUCCUCUCAGCCCUUCUCUGCUUAGAAGGAAUAAUACUAUCCCUAUUUAUCGCCCUCUCAUUAUGAGCACUUCAAUUAAACUCAGCUAGCUUCUCUGCCGCACCCAUACUCCUCUUAGCUUUUUCAGCUUGUGAGGCAAGCGCAGGACUAGCCCUCCUAGUAGCCACCGCUCGGACGCAUGGCACAGACCGUCUAAAAAACCUUAACCUCCUACAAUGCUA